AUGGAAGGGCUCGGAGAACAAGGCGCAGCCGGUGCAGUGGGUCCGUUACUGGGCGCUGUGGCAGCCCCAGCCUCUCCGCAGCUUUUGCUGGGGUACUCCUUAGACGCGGACUUUAUUGAGAGUCUGCCUCUGGCAGUUAAGUGCCGAGUGUAUGCUCUCAAAAAGCUUCAGGCUAAAUCCGCCGGCCUGGAGGCAAAGUACCUCAAGGAAUUUCAUUCCAUCGAGAGGAAAUUUGCCAAGAUCUAUGGGCCUUUACUGGAAAAGAGACGUCAGAUCAUCAAUGCAUUGUAUGAGCCCACGAAAGAGGAAUGUGAGGUGAAAUCCACGGUCGCAGACUGUAACUAUAAGGUGGCAGAGAACUCUGAGGCUCAGGUGUAUGGUCCGGAAGAGAAUUCGGAGUAUGAGGACUUGGAGGAGUAUUGUGAGGAGGGUUUUGAGGACGUUGAGGAGGUAUUUGGGGAGUAUGGAGGAGGAGAGGGACAUAAUGUGGACGGAGAGAAAGAAGAUCCUAAAGGGAUCCCUGAUUUCUGGCUCACGGUUUUAAAGAAUGUACAGGAGAUCACUCCGCUGAUUAAGAAAUAUGAUGAGCCUAUUCUGAAGCUCUUGCAAGACGUGAAAGUCAAGUAUUCAAAACCUGAUGAGCCUCUCACCUUCACGUUGGAAUUUCACUUUGAACCCAAUGACUACUUUACAAAUGAGGUGCUAACCAAAACAUACAUGCUCAAGUCUAAGCUUGAUUACUCAGAUCCCCACCCCUUUAGGGGUUCUGCGGUGGAGCAUUGCAUUGGCUGCAAAAUAGACUGGAAGGAGGGAAAGAAUGUCACUGUGCAAAGGGUCCUGAAGAAGCAGAGGCACAGGUUUUGGGGACUGAUGCGUACCACGACCCAGGAAUUUCCCCGAGAAUCCUUCUUCAAUUUCUUCAAUGCUCUCCGAUGGGGCCUAGAUGCCGAUGAGGAUGAGGAAGAUGUUUUCAUUGCUCACACUUUGCGCACCUUUGUCAUCCCAAGAGCUGUGUUAUACUUCACAGGAGAAGCUCUUGAGGCUGAGCAAGAAGGGAUGUUCAGGGAAUGUAAUAACCUGACUUCUGACAGAAUCACACAGGAGAUCCAGGUGGCUGCAGUUGAUGGUGCAAAAGUCCAAGACCUGGUCUCCCAGGCAGAAGACAUCGAUCGCUGA